GCUAUUUAAAAGUCGAAAAAAUAAAUGUUAUUCCCUGAAAUAGAUCGAUCGUCGUUCCUUACAUUUUGUUACAUUUUUUGAUACAUGUUUUUAUUAUCAAGGAGAUAGGAAUCCCUUUGGUAGACCGCCGAUAUUUCACCAAACAACGAUUGAGUGAUCGAUAUCGAGAAAGUGUUCCAUGGCAACGUAAUACAUAUGUAUGUAGUAAGCGGAUGAGAGAACUGUGUAUGAUCAAGGUGAAACUAUAUGAUUGGCUAUCAGUAGCUCUCGUUGUGUGUCGUUUUAGUAAGAAAAGAGGAUAAGAUGGGAAAUACGGAGAGCAAUGUAGCCAGCGGAGUAAAAAAACAAACGGACGCAUCUUCUAUCUUACUUUACAAAUUAGUCGACAUGAAAGGAGGUGGUUUAUUGGUAAAUAUGAUGAAAAGGGCAACGCAAACUAAACAAUACGCGGAAUUGGACCAUGCUUUAAGAACGAAAGUAGAACCGUAUUUAUACAAUAAGGGUAGAGGUAAAUGGAUUCCAAUCGAAAAGUUAGUUUUGCUGCGGAACAAGGAUCGUCCGAAGCACAAAAUGCUUCCACCGUUAAGAUCUAUGGAGAAUCCUGCCGAUUACGAUAUAGACAAAGAUAUGCAAAAUGAGGAUGAAUUAGACGAGACAAAAAUAGAUAAAAGCAAGUACAGACUAGUCUGCUGGAAUUUAGGCGAAAGAGGAGCAGUCGGCGAAACGAUUUUACACUUAUGCAUGUUACACUCAACUGCUAUUCACAUUGAUCUGGCUAAACGUUUAUUACGUUUUUACCCUAAGCUUAUCAACGAUGUAUAUAUCAGUGAUGAAUAUUACGGUGAGAGCGCAUUACACAUCGCGAUAGUAAAUGAAGAUCCAGCAUUGGUAAAAUUCCUUUUGGACAGCGGUGCGGACGUACACGAAAGAUGCGUGGGGAACUUUAUGUGUCCGGAGGAUCAAAAAGCGUCGAGAUCGGACAGCCUGGAUCACGAAUGGGUUUGCGUAGCUCCGGAAACGGAUUAUAGCGGAUACGUUUACUGGGGCGAGUAUCCUUUAAGUUUCGCCGCAUGUUUAGGACAGGAAGAAUGUUACAGAUUAAUACUCGCCAGGGGAGCGGAUCCUGACAAGCAAGACACAAAUGGAAAUACUGUUUUACAUAUGUUGGUCAUCUAUGAAAAACUGACUAUGUUCGAUAUGGCAUAUGAAGUGGGUGCGUCGUUAGCGAUCAGAAAUGCUCAACAUUUAACACCUUUGACGUUAUCGGCGAAAUUAGCUAGAAUCGAACUGUUUUUUCAUAUCUUAAACAUCGAGCGGGAGAUUUAUUGGCAGAUCGGGAGUAUUACGUGUGCAGCUUAUCCUUUAUCGCAAGUCGACACGAUUGAUGUUAUUACAGGAAGCAUCAGUCAUAAUUCCGCUUUGAAUCUGGUGGUAUUUGGCGAAAAGGACGAACAUUUGGAAUUGAUGGACGGUGUCCUGGUCGAUCUACUAAAUGCCAAGUGGAACACUUUCGUCAAGUCUCGGUUCUAUCGUCAAUUUUUUCUUUUUUGUUUUUACUUUAUUCUGUCAUUGAUCAGCUUUACUCUUCGACCCGGGCCAACAAUAACAUCUUCCAACACUUCCUCACUCGCUGUCACUCCUCAUGUCUCUGUUCCAUCCAUCGAAUCGCCCAUAACAACUCUAAAGCCGGAGCAACUCCUCCCAAACGUUAACAAAACUUCUCAAAAUUUAAAUUUAUCCCUCCUUCUCGAUAAAGCUGUUACCACUGCUUUUACCUCGAAUAUAAAAUAUCCUUCGAAUGUAACAACAGCAAGCUUUGACAAACUGAAGCUUGAUAUUGUCACCGAUCUAACGCGUAUCUUGAACAUUUUCUCAACAGACCGAUCUCAAAACGAGAUCGAAUUGUUCAACGAUUCUUACAGGAUAGCUAUUCGACUAGCUGAACAUUUCUACUCCAAAAAUAACGAUACACCAACGGAUUAUCUAAAAAUUACGACGAUCAAUAACAGUGUCGCCUUUAUAAAUUCGACGAUGCCUUUCGAUAAUAAUACAUUUUCUCCUGGUAGUAACAAACACAACUGGUGGAACAAUCUCACAGAAAAGUGUAGACUAAUGCAUCUAACAACGUUAUCGGCCAAGAUUCGACUAAUCGCCGAAAUAUUAAUGGAGAUUGCGGCUAUUCUUUAUAUUAUUGCAGCACUGCGCGAAGCCAGAUUUCUCGGUCUUAACAUGUUCAUUGAGAAUCUAAUGACUGCGCCAUCGCGAGUAAUGUUUCUCUUCUCCUGUUGUAUAUUACUGUCCUUUCCAUUGCUGAGGUUGGCUUGCGCCGACGAAGUUGAAGAUAUGUUGGCAGUUGUAGUGAUGUUAACGACGGCACCGUAUUUUUUAUUUUUCUGCAGAGGUUUCAAAACGGUCGGUCCGUUUGUUGUGAUGAUUUACAGAAUGAUAAUGGGUGAUUUGCUUCGUUUCGUCUCCAUUUAUUUAGUCUUCGUAAUGGGAUUUUCUCAAGCAUAUUACAUCAUAUUCCUAUCUUUCGAUAAUCCAAAUACACCAGAAGGAGUAGAUGAUUCGGUGAGCAACCCAAUGCCAUCGCCAAUAGAAAGUAUAAUGGCAAUGUUCCUUAUGAGCAUGACGAACUUUGGAGAUUAUUAUGGCGCGUUUGAGAGAACGCAACACAAGAUGGAAGCUAAGUUCUUAUUUGUGGUAUAUAUGGGAAUCGUUGCCAUAUUAUUGGUAAAUAUGUUAAUUGCUAUGAUGGGAAAUACAUAUCAGAAAAUCGCGGAAACAAGAAACGAAUGGCAAAGACAAUGGGCACGUAUAGUUUUGGUAGUAGAAAGAGGAGUAAGUCCACAGGAAAGGCUUAAAAAAUUAAUGGACUAUUCGCAGCCAAUGUCCGAUGGUCGAAGGGCGUUAGUACUUCGAUUGAGUCAAUCGGAAGAAGACAAAGAAGAAAUGAAAGAAAUUUUAGAAAUGAAAAGAACUCAUGAUAGAUUGUAUAAAAAAAGACAGAGCAAGGUAACAAAAAAGAUCGUAACAUCAGAAGAUAAUACUAUUUUGUAAUAUUAUCACAUGUCUUGUCUGUAAUAUUACAUAUGUUCCCAGUAGUUUAAUAUAUUGACAUACUUUGUUGAUAUAAAAACUGUAUCUUACAUACAGUAUACGUAAUAAACUCUUAUGAUUAUGA